AUGCAGCAACCAAAAGCAGUUAUGGUUGAAGAACUUGGUAAAUCUCAUGAUCCAGACAUACACUUACCACCAGUCUCUCAUGCUGCAGAUCAAAUUCAAGAAGGGACAAAUCACGUUCAAGAAGGGACAUCUUACAGUCUACAUACCCAUCACAGCGAAGAAUUUAUUUAUAGUUCAAGUUCUUGGCAGGAUUUUACAGAAUCAAUUGAAAUGGAUAGCAUUUUGCACUCAAAUGAAAAUAAUGUCAAAAAAACAAAAAAAAAGAUAUCAAACAGGAAAAAGAAAUCACUUAAAGAUAAUAAUUUUGAUGAUACGAAGGAAAAUUCCAAGCCGAAAAUGAAAGAGCGACAAAUUAACAAGAAUAAAUUACGAACCCAUCUUAAAAACAGUGGAAAACAAUAUACUUCUAUAUUGGGAAAAGACAUAGCAGAGAAAAAAAUGAAGAGCAACACAUGUGCACUUGAAAAUUGCCAUAAUGAGUGCUAUAAUAUAAGUUCAGAUAAGAGAAAAGCUAUAUUUAAACACUAUUGGAGUCUCAAUAAUAAGUGA